AUGACUGGCAGUACUUUUCCCUAUAGCACCCCUGGGCAGAGGGCGAUACUUCACCCUGCCAAUACCAGUGCGAGAAUCAAGGCCUUCCAGCCCGUACGAUUUUCAAGGGCGUCUCCCAGAUCGCGGCUUGCUGUUUUUGCUGUCGCGGUAGUUGAUGACAAGAGUGUGCCAGAGGCGCAUAAAGGCCUCCAUGGAUUUCUGUAUGGCGAAGGCGGUUCUGAGGAACACGACCGGGACUCCUCAUACACGGUUCGAACGGGCGAGGACGAGGGGGCCGUUGUGAUGCCGGUGCCUUCGUACCUUGAAUCGCGGGAUGGCGAGAAGCCACUUGGAGUAUACUGCGUAUACGAUUUCCACCACGACCCACAGUACAUCGGUUAUUCACGCAACAUGGUAUUGGCGGUCAAGGGACAUCUCGCCCGAGUGGGUCCUGAACGUUGUGCCCACGUGCGCGCCAUGGUGUACGGCAACAGGGCCAUGGCCUCCCGUGCAAACUUAGAACGCGGCGUCCACAACUGGAUCCAGGAGCUUCCAGAGCUCCAGGGAAGGCCACCGCGGGGCAAUUCGGAUCCCGCGCUGCGGGCCGCGUGGGAGGGCGUCGCCGCCGCUGCCGCCGCCGCCGCCGGCGGCGGUGGCGGUGACGGCGGCGGCGGCGGCGACGGGCCAGCGCCGCUGGACCGGCGGUUGAUGUCUCCUGCCGAGCUUGCAGCUUACGAGGAGAAGAAGCUCAAGCUGCGCAAGGCGAUGGGGGAGAAGAUGGUGGAGGGCGCCCGGGGAGGCGGCAGUAGCCAUGACGGAGCAGAGGGAGAGGAAGGCGACAGCGACGAUCUGGCCACACGAAGGUUAAAGUUGAUGAAGGCAAUGGACCGCGGUGACUGGUCCGCUGUCAUACACGCGCAAACCCAGGAGGCCCUGGGGGCCCCGGCAGCGGGGGGGCCGGGUAAUGGCGACGGCGCGGGAGACGGGCCAGCGACGGCGCCAUCCGCGACACCGACCUCUGGUGAGACUGGUAGCAGUGGCGGCGGCGGCGGCGGCGAGGCAGUGAUGUCCGCGAGGGAUGGGGACGCGGCGGCGGCGGCGGCGGCCGGUAACGGCAUCGUGUCCCCCUUCGAGUCUGGCGGCGCAGCGGCAGCAACGGAGCAGCGGCAACGGCAGUCGGUUGGUUCUUCGGGGUCCGUCGCUUUGACGGUGGAGGCUGUGCAGGCGGCGUUGGAAGAGGUACGGCCGUACCUGAUGGCGGACGGCGGCGAUGUGGAGGUUGUUGAGGUCAAGGACGGUAUCGUGUACCUUCGGCUGCAGGGUGCAUGCAGCAGUUGUCCUAGUCAGAGCGCGACCAUGAAGGGUGGCAUUGAGCGGGUGAUACGGCAGACGUUUGGAGAUCAGGUGAUUGACAUUCUUCAGUUGGAAAGCGAGGACCCUGGUGCCACUGCUGAGCGAGUGGACGCGGCUCUCAACAUGCUGCGGGGGGCCAUCUCCAACCUGGGGGGUAGUGCGGAGGUGGUUGGUGUGGAGGGAGGAGUGUGCACCAUACGGUACCGGGGGCCCCCCGCCAUUGGCAAGGGCGUGCAGGGGGCGAUCAAGGACACGUUUAAGGACAUCCGGGAAGUGCGGCUCGUGGAGUGA